CCGCGGGGCGCGGGCGGCUCGGGCGGCUCGGGCUCGCUUCUCCCUCCAUUCCCCGGCAUCGCGGCGGGCUCGGGCGGCGGCAGGAUGGCGGCUGGGCUCCUGCCCCUGCUCCUCCCGCUGCUGCUGCUGCUACCGGGCCGGGGGCCGCCGGGGGUCCUGGGCAACCGGCACGCCGUGCACUGGAACAGCUCCAACCCGCACCUGCGGCGGGAGGGCUACACGGUGCAGGUGAACGUCAACGACUACCUGGACAUCUACUGCCCCCACUACAACGCCUCGGUGCCCGAGCACCGGCUGGAGCAGUACGUGCUCUACAUGGUGAAUGCAGAGGGAUACCGCACCUGCAACACCAGCCAGGGCUUCAAGCGCUGGGAGUGCAACCGGCCCCACGCGCCCCACAGCCCCAUCAAGUUCUCGGAGAAGUUCCAGCGCUACAGCGCCUUCUCGCUGGGCUACGAGUUCCGUGCGGGGCAGGAGUACUACUACAUAUCCACGCCAACACACAACCACCACCGGGCCUGCCUGAAGAUGAAGGUGUUCGUCUGCUGCUCCUCCACGUCGCACUCCGGGGAGAAGCUGGCACCCACCCUGCCCCAGUUCACCCUGCGGCCCGAGGUGAAGAUCGAGGACCUGGAAAACUUCAACCCGGAGAUGCCGAAGCUGGAGAAGAGCAUCAGCGGCACCAGCCCCAAGCGGGAACACUUACCCCUGGCCGUGGCCGCCGCGCUCUUCCUCAUGACCCUAUUGGCCUCGUAGCUCCCGGCACCCAUGGGUGCGACCCCCUCGAGCUGCUGCCCCUCGUGAGAGCCAGCGGGGAAGCACCGGGAGCCCACCACCCCCUGCCCGGAGAGCCACCAGCGGAGCUGGGAGCACGGCACGCACCGAUCCGGCUGGACUCGCCUUCCAUCCUGCACAGGGAUGCGACCGGGAGCCGUCCCCGGGAGCCAUCCCCGGGAGCCAUCCAAGGGAUCCGUCCCCGGUAGCCAUCCCCGGGAUCCGUCCCCGGGAUCCGUCCCCGGGAGCUGUCCCGGGAUCCAUCCCCGGAGCCGUCCCCGGAGCCAUCCCCGGAGCCGUCCCCAGGAGCCAUCCCCGGGAUCCGUCCCCGGAGCCAUCCCCGGGAUCCGUCCCCGGGAGCCGUCCCCGGAGCCGUUCCCGGGCUCCAUCCCCGGGAUCCGUCCCCGGAGCCGUUCCCGGGAAACGUCCCCGGAGCCGUCCCCGGGAGCCAUCCCCGGGAGCCAUCCCCGGGAUCCAUCCCCGGGAGCCAUCCCCGGAGCCGUCCCCGGGAUCCAUCCCCGGGAUCCGUCCCCGGGAGCCAUCCCCGGGAGCCAUCCCCGGGAUCCGUCCCCGGAGCCAUCCCCGGAGCCGUCCCCGGGAGCUGUCCCGGGAGCCGUCCCCGGGAGCCAUCCCCGGGAGCCGUUCCCGGGAGCCAUCCCCGGGAUCCGUCCCCGGGAGCCGUCCCUGGAGCCAUCCCCGGAGCCAUCCCCGGAGCCAUCCCCGGGAUCCGUCCCCGGGAUCCGUCCCCGGAGCCAUCCCCGGGAUCCGUCCCCGGGAUCCGUCCCCGGAGCCAUCCCCGGGAUCCGUCCCCGGGACCGCGGGGUCCUUCCCGCAGCCCCCCCGGUGCCCCCGUGGCUGCCCCAUGGUUGGGGGGCAGCACCGACCCUGAUGAAGGCAGGGCGGUCUGUACAUACCCAUAUAGAUCUAUACAUACUGUACAGAGAGCGACUACAGAGAUAUAUCUAUACUGUACCAUAGGCAGCGGCGCCGGCCCCGGGCUGGCUUGUACAUAGUCGAACGUGUUGGAUUUUCCUCGUCUUCCGUGAAGACCCGACCUAUGCAAACGCACAGACACUUUUUGGGGAAAAACAAAACAAACGGAAAAAAGAAAAAAAAAAAAAAAAAACAUUCUCGAUCUUUUUUUCAAGUGCUUUGGCUGGUGAUUUUCAUAUUCUGCUCUUAGUCUAUAAAAAAAAAUAAUAAAAGGAUAAAAAAAGGGA